GUUCGCUGUCUAUCGCCAUUAUGCCUGAGCCAGCGAAACCAGCACCCAAGAAGGGUUCCAAGAAAGCGGUCACCAAGACUGCCAGCAAGCCCGGCAAGGGCAAGAGAAGGCGGGGAAGGAAGGAGAGCUACGCUAUCUACGUGUACAAGGUCCUCAAGCAGGUCCACCCCGACACUGGCAUCUCGUCCAAGGCCAUGAGCAUCAUGAACUCGUUCGUCAACGACAUCUUCGAGCGCAUCGCCUCCGAAGCUUCUCGCCUGGCUCACUAUAACAAGCGCUCCACCAUCACGUCCAGGGAGAUCCAGACCGCAGUCCGCCUCCUGCUACCCGGCGAGCUGGCCAAGCACGCCGUGUCCGAGGGCACCAAGGCCGUCACCAAGUACACCAGCUCCAAGUGAGCCGAUUCGGUUGCGUCCAACAACAACGGCUCUUUUAAGAGCCACCCACUUUCUCUCUAGAGUGAACAUUUUCCAUUACUUGAAUCUUAUUCUCUAAUAGUGUUGGCGACUUUCCAUCCUGUUUUACUCGUUUUCAUCAAAAGCAACCUAGUGACUAAUCAGCUUUUUCGGAUGUAUUGAUGAUGGGGCACGUAUUGCUUUGUAGUUCAUGGCCUCAAUGAGCAGCAGGAUUCCACGGCUCUUCCCCUUUGUGCAUUUUUCUUUGUCUUGCUCUGUGUGAAACUGAUACAAAUGUAAAAUGACAACAAAACUAGUUAACCAAUGCAGCUCUGUCCCAGUCCCACAGUUCAAUGUUAAAUUCGGUUCGUACGUGAACAUCACAAUGGUCAGUCUUUGGAUCAAAUUUGAUUCUAAAUGAACAAUGCAGAAAAAAUUUGACAAAUUUAAAGAAAAAUAAUAAUUAGCAACCCUUUACUGCUCAGUGACUGUUUUUUUUUCCCUCAAUGUCUUUAUGUCACAAAAGUGUUCUGUCAAUUGACUGUUGUUGUACUAGAGCAGCUCCAACUAUCCAUCCAUCCAUCCAUUCCCAACUGCUUAUCCGGGUCGGGUCGCGGGGGCAGUAGCUUCAGCAGGGACGCCCAGACUUCCCUCUCCCCAGCCACUUCAUCCAGCUCUUCCGGGGGGAUCCCGAGGUGUUCCCAGGCCAGCCGAAGGAUGUAGUCUCUCCAGAGUGUCCUGGGUCGUCCCCGGGGUCUCCUCCCGGUGGGACAUGCCCGGAACACCUCACCAGGGAGGCGUCCGGGAGGCAUCCGUAUCAGAUGCCCCAAGCCACCUCAUCUGGCUCCUCUCAAUGCGGAGGAGCAGCGGCUCUACUCUGAGAUCCUCCCGGAUGACCGAGCUUCUCACCCUAUCUCUAAGAGAGAGCCCGGACACCCCGCGGAGGAAACUCAUUUCGGCCGCUUGUAUCCGGGAUCUUGGUCUUUCGGUCACGACCCACAGCUCAUGACCAUAGGUGAGGGUAGGAACGAAGAUCGACCGGUAAAUUGAGAGCUUCGCUCUUUCUUUACCACAACGGACCGAUACAAAGUCCGCAUCACUGCAGACGCUGCACCGAUCCGCCUGUCGAUCUCCCGUUCCAUUCUUCCCUUACUCGUGAACAAGACCCCAAGAUACUUGAAUUCCUCCACUUGGGGCAGGAUCUCAUCCCCGACCUGGAGAAGCAUGCCACCCUUUUCCGACUGAGGACCAUGGUCUCAGAUUUGGAGGUGCUGAUUCUCAUCCCAGCCGCUUCAGAGUCGGCUGCGAACUGCUCCAAUGAGAGUUGGAGGUCCCGGCUUGAUGAAGCCAACAGAACCACAUCAUCUGCAAA